AUGACUGACGGGAAAUCCUACAAUUACAAUGGUACUGAGAUCCCACCUGAAGCCCUUAUGAAAAUUUUCACCUACACAAGUUUGACUGGCUAUGGCAACCAAGAUGAUAUUGAUUCAGGCCAUAUCACAGGCAUGGUUUUCGUUUCCGAACGAGAAAACCUUGAAUUGCUUCACAUAGCUCUCCGUCACAAUGAUGUCAACCCACCCAGGGCAAUAGUCCACAGCUUAGGCGACGUUUUAAAUAGAUUCCAUGCCGAACAUCCAUUUGAAGAUGGUGUUCGCCUGGAAGACAGUGGUUGCUUUGCCGGUGAUUAUCUCAUCUAUGUCAGCACCAAGGAACAAGCGAUUGAACGUCGCCAUCCUUGGACUGCUGUUUAUAGAACCAAUAUUAUGACCGGAAAAACUGACCGCCUCACACCAAGAGAGCAUGCUGAUUUAAGCCCCUCGGUAUCCCCGUCUGGAAAGAAGAUAGCGGUGGCGUCCUUCGAAGAUUCGGGAGGUUGGGAUAGUGCAACGGAAGACCAAAAGACUGACAUUUAUGUCAUGAAUGUAGAGGAGCCUUACGAUCGCAGGUUGGUUGUGAAAAAUGGGGGUUGGCCGACUUGGGGAAGUGAUGAUAUCAUAUUCUUCCACCGCAAGGAUGACAAAAAACCUUAUGAGAAUGCAACAGAAAGAAUUUACUGGGGUGUGUAUCGAUCCGACAUUAGCAGUACUGGCCUUGUGCCUGUGCGUGUGACCCCAGAUAACAUUGAUGCAUUCACACCGGCAGCCAUUGACGCCACCACAGUAGCUGUCGCUACUAUUCGGCAGAAAUCAGAGUUUGGUGAUACCCGUGUUGAAGCUCGGCACAUUGAGAUUUUUUAUUCAGCAGGAGGGCAAGAACCCUCACAAAUCACUCAAAAAGUCAGACCAAAGGGUGACUAUUUCAACCCCUUUGUGAUAGGUGAUGGGAUUCAUGGGAAGCGUGUUGGCUACCAUUGUUGCACCAGUGAGCCUCUCAAGGAGCAAGAAGAGAUCAAAAGACAGUUUCAAAUCAUCACUUCUCCUGAUCCAGAUGUAGGACGUUUAGGGUGGGAGGAGGAUUUCCAACAUUUUCCAAAAGCGGAAACAGACUUGCAUUUGUUGACAAUCAUUUCAAGACUGUAUAUGUACUUGACAACGAAAAGCUAUAUGAAGCUACAGAGGUACCAGAAAGAGUAUGAAAUAUAA